GACUACUUGAAUGUGUGAGAAAAAACUGACCAGUCCUAAAGAAUGAUCUCUACCACGAUGGACAUGGGAACAUUACUUAGUCGCUCGAUAUUGCUGGCUUUACUCAUAUUCACGGUUACCCAGGAGGCGCGAGGAUUGCUGUGCUAUUGUGAGCGAUGUGUAAAUCGGACAUGCAACACAACUGGCCUGUGUUUUGCUGUCAUUGCAAAGUCUGCCGGACAAUUUGUGGCCCAGGAGAGUCAGUGCAUUCAGCAGGAUGAUCUAUACCCACGGGACAGGCCUUUCCAAUGCGCCCCCUCCAACAACGGCAAACAUCCGUUUUGCUGUGACACACACAUGUGCAACAAGAACCCAAAGGUCAACCCAGAGUUGCCUGAUGCUGAAAUUGACACUCUGAGUCCUAUAGCCUUAGCCGCGGUUAUUGCCAUCCCCAUCUGCGUGCUGAGCUUCAUGCUGGUGCUUCUCUUCUACAUGUGCCAUAAUCGCUUCAUCAUCCACCAUCGUGUGCCAAAUGAGGAAGACCCCACUAAGGACCACCCAUUCCUUGCUGACGGCACCACACUGAAGGACCUCAUCUAUGACAUGACCACUUCUGGAUCAGGCUCAGGUUUGCCGCUGCUAGUGCAGAGGACCAUUGCCAGGACCAUCAUCCUCCAGGAGAGCAUAGGGAAGGGCCGUUUUGGAGAGGUGUGGAGGGGCCGUUGGCGUGGAGAGGAGGUGGCAGUAAAGAUCUUCUCCUCCAGAGAGGAGCGCUCUUGGUUCCGUGAGGCGGAAAUCUACCAGACUGUCAUGCUUCGUCAUGAGAACAUCCUGGGCUUUAUUGCUGCAGACAACAAAGAUAACGGCACGUGGACUCAGCUGUGGCUGGUUUCUGAUUACCAUGAGCACGGCUCGCUCUUUGACUACCUGAACAGGUACACGGUCACAGUAGAGGGCAUGAUCAAGCUGUCUCUCUCCACUGCCAGUGGUCUGGUUCAUCUACAUAUGGAGAUUGUAGGCACUCAGGGUAAGCCUGCAAUUGCCCAUCGUGAUCUGAAAUCCAAAAACAUCUUAGUGAAGAAGAAUGGUACCUGCUGCAUUGCUGACCUUGGAAUGGCUGUGCGCCACGACUCAGCCACAGACACAAUUGAUAUUGCACCCAACCACAGAGUGGGCACUAAAAGGUAUAUGGCCCCUGAGGUGCUGGAUGACACUAUUAACAUGAAGCACUUUGAGUCUUUUAAAAGGGCAGACAUCUAUGCCUUGGGUCUGGUGUUUUGGGAAAUUGCUCGCAGGUGUUCAAUUGGAGGCAUACAUGAGGACUACCAGCUGCCCUACUAUGACCUUGUACCAUCUGAUCCAUCAAUAGAGGACAUGAAGCAGGUAGUGUGUGACCAAAAGCUUCGUGCCAACAUCCCUAACAGGUGGCAGAGCUGCGAGGCCCUGCGUGUGAUGGCAAAGAUCAUGAGGGAAUGCUGGUAUGCCAACGGAGGUGCUCGCCUCACCGCGCUCCGUGUAAAAAAGUCUCUAUCCCAGCUCAGUCAGCAAGAAGGAAUCAAGAUCUAAAGCACAACUCUCAUCAUCUUUACACUGCCUGUCCUCUCCCUCCACGCAUCUAGAGAGGACAGCGCGUUACCUACAUCCGGUGUGGAGGUUUACUUCAAUCAGGAAUAUCGAGGGACCAAAAAGGAUUGGUGCUGUUUCACUGUUGUAUGACCAUGAACAGAGACCUCCUCAUCAUGCAAGAACACCUCAGAUAAACUUUACCAGCCAUGCUUCAUCCGGUGAGUCACCAAACAACAACCACAGAUGGCCAUUCGGUGUCAUUGAUGUGCUUUUCAAACUGGACUUGAGCCUUUUGGACUUGUUUCUGUAUAUAGCCUGUUGUCUGUAGAUGUACAUAUCUGAUUUGCUUGUAUGCUCGUAUAUUCACGUGUAGAUUAACACAGAAACAAAUACUGUACAUAAUGACAUGCUGCAGUGUUUGUCCCAGGAAGUGCCACUGCUCUGAAACAGUCCUGUUUACCAUCUUUGGUAAAAAAAAAAAAAAGUAGGUAAGUAAGAUCUUUGUAGGUAUCAAGUCACUACGUCUCUUUAAAACUGCCAUUGGAUUUACACAAAGCACUCGUUUGCAAACAACUCAUCAGUUGAAGAAAACACUGAAAGUAAAAAGAAUAAUAUUCUGCUGAUUGCUGUAGCAGCAACUCCAAAGAGUCACCUGAUUAUGUGGAAGUGGUUUCAUAAUGUGGAUUGCGACUUCACCGUACUCUCUUUCCAGAGACCAAGAGCGAGCCUGAAGGGACCAGCCAGAAAACUGGGUUAGUCAUCAAAGCCAUUUGUACAAAGGCCGCCUCAGCUACAGCACAUCUAUGUAACUGUAAUAAGAAUGUGUAUGAUUUUAUGCACAUUUGAAUGGACUGUGCUUUGUCGCAAUUCGAUUAUAUUUUUCUGUAGCAUUUACAGUUUUCAUUCAUGCACGUUCAGGGUUAGUUCACCCAAAAAUGAAAAUUCUGACAAUGAUUACUUACCCUCAUAAGUCCCGUAACACCUUCGUUCCUCUUCAGAACACAAAUUAAUACAUUUUAGAUGAAAUCCAAGAGCUUUCUCAACCUGCAUAGACAGCAAGGGUCCUGCCACAAUCAAGCCACAGAAACAUAGUAAGGACAUUGUUAAAUAUGGUUCCAUCAGUGGUUCCAUAAUUUAAUAAAGCUACGAGAAUAUUUUUGUGCGCAAAGAAAACAAAUGAUGACUUUAUUCAAGGAUUUCUUCUCUUCUGGGACAGUCUUCCACCAUUAUCGACACAUGCGCAUUGUUUUCCUCUACUUAUGAACAAGGUGAAGUGUGCGUCAGCAGCAACACGCGCAUGCGUCGAUAAUGGCGGAGGACUGUCCCGACUGAUGUCACGUGAACCGUUUUAACGAUGUCCUUACUGCAUUUCUGUGGUUUGAU